AUGCUGAUCCAGGAGCUGACAGAAAAACUGCCGGCCAAUACGCAAUUGGAGUGGGUGCGGUAUAGGAGGAAAUCCAAGAUCGUAACGCUGCGGACUUUGUCCAAUUUUCUAUCACGAAUCGUCAAUGAUGCUAGCGAGAUUACACCGUACAGCGAGACUGCAACCGUCGCCGUCGAUCAAGCAUUUCGGAGGAAAAAGGAAAGAAGGGAACAGGAGGGAUUCUUGCACACGCAUAGUUCCGACACGAGCGACCAAGCAAGUUUGUCAACAAAUGUCCCGCAAAGGGAAAAAAAGCCAUGUCGAAUUUGUGGUCGCUGCGAUUACCGGAUUCGAAACUGCGAAGCCUUCAAAAGACUCAGGCUGCCGGAAAGAUGGGAAGCGGUACGAAAGUGGAAGUUGUGUUAUCUCUGUCUCAACGAACACGGAAGUGCCCGAUGCAAGUUGAAUUUCCGAUGCAACGUGAAUCGUUGCAAUGAACGUCACAACCCGCUGCUGCACAUCGACCAAACGGUCAGCACAAACUGUAACAUUCACUCGCUUCAACGACAAUCGGUUAUUUUCCGAAUGAUGCCCGUCACGCUAUAUAACGGGAACUGUUCGGUGGACACUAUAGCGUUCUUGGACGAAGGGUCGUCUUACACGUUGGUGGAAAAGUCGCUGGUGCACGCACUGCACGCCAAGGGUGUGACGCAGCCACUUCGAGUAACCUGGACAGCAGGAGUGACGAGAAUAGAGAAGGACUCACAACGAGUGGAGUUGAACAUAUCGGCAAGAGGCUCAUCGCAGCGUUUUCGUAUUAUGGCUGCUCAUACAGUAGACAACCUGAAGCUACCGCAACAGACUGUCACGAUGUCCAACGUAAUCAAUGACCACUCUCAUUUGCGAGGAUUGCCGGUCGCAGAUAAUUAUCGAGGAGCGCCGCAAAUCCUCAUUGGACUGAAGGACAUUCACCUUUAUGCGCCUCUCGAGUCCAGGAUUGGCAAACCAGAUGAACCGAUUGCUGUGCGAUCAAAGUUUAGAUGGACAAUUUACGGUCCUUCCUCUGCAAGCGGAUCUGACUCCGAAACCGUUUCGAAUCAAGAGCUGCAUGAUCUACUGCGAAGUCAUUUCAAGCUAGAAGAGUCGGUGAUUUCCGUAGCACUGCUACCGGAAUCUGACGAAGACAAGCGAGCGAAGGAUAUCCUCAACAAAACGACUGUACGUGUUGGCGACCGUUUCGAGACGGGAAUGUUGUGGAAAGAGGAGCAAGUGCGAUUUCCCGACAGCUACCCGAUGGCGUUGAAGCGAUUUCGAGGAUUAGAGAGACGGCUAGCGAAAGAUGGUGAGCUGUACCUGAAGGUAAGAGAUUUAAUAAAAGACUAUACAUCGAAGGGCUAUAUCCAUGUAGCAACGCAGCAAGAGUUGGAGGAGUUCGAACCUCAAGAAGUGUGCUACUUGCCGCUAAGCGUGGUAGUGCACCCGAAGAAGCCGGGAAAGGUUCGUUUAGUGUGGAACGCGUCGGCCGCGGUAAAUGGAGUGCCGUUUAACUCAAAGCUACUGAAGGGACCAGACAUGUUAACUCCGUUUCCAAACGUGCUAGCAAAAUUCCCAGAGUGA